AUGUAAAGUAAAAAUUAGGCGGAUACUAACUAAAAAAGGAUAGAAUUAAUUCCUGAUGGUAUAUUUGAUCUCUGCGAUGAAUUCCCAGUCAAUGACAAAGAUGUCAGCUUUGAGGAAUAUUUUGAGAUAAAACACUAUAUUUUAUCUCCAAAUCAGAACUAUAUUGCUAUUUUUGUGGUAAGAACAGAAAUUGUUGUUGGAAGCCAUUCAAGGGAAGAAUAUAUCCUAUUUAUUAAGUCCUUGAUUAAUAAUAAAUUGAUGUAUUUUGGAGAAUAUAUUGAAGAUAAAUUAAAAAUCAAAGAUUAUUUUUUUUCAGAUGAUUCUAGAUAUUUAAUAUUUCGAAAACCUACAAAAUUGCUUUAUAUUGACUUUUUGGGUUAGUAAAAAACCAAAAAAAAAUAGAUAUCAUCAUAGCAUUUUCUCUCGUAUGAUUCUUCUGGCAAUAUCAAUCUAUUAAUAGAUAGCACAACUAUUUUAACUAUUCAGCUUGAAACCGAUUUUGAAUAAAUUACUUAAUUUUAAUAUGAAAUAUUAUUUUAUUAGAAACUAUUUUCUAGUUUUGCAAUUGUAGAAUCAAAUGAUUAAACUUAUAUUAUUCAUACACAAAACUAGAAAAUACAUCUAAGAUGGCAACAUAAUAUGCCUAGUAAAAGAUAUUUUUGGAAGUCAUUUAUUGCCUAUGGUCACUGCUCCGACGCUAAACUUAGAAAUCUUUAAACUGGUAAGCUGAUAAGGAAUAUAAACCCUAAAUUUGGAUUUAGAUAAUUUUCUUAAGAUCAGACAUCAAUUUAUUUAUUCUAAAUUGUUAAAAGACAUCAAAAAAUCAAAAAAAAAGGGAAAAAUGUACCCAAUACUUUUUCUAGAUUUGAUAUUUUGAGGGGAGUUUAUAAAAAACUAAACAUCAACAUAGAUCCUUUUAACGAUUUAUAAACCUUAACCAAUUAUUAUUAUAUAGAUUAUGAAGAUUUAGAAGAUGUUGAUGAUGAUGAAGAAAAAGUUAAGAAAUUGAGAUAUUUCAGAAUCUCUUAUUUAACUUAAUGA